CCCGACAUCGUGAGUGCCUACAGUCUGCAAACUUAACAUCUUCCUCUCUACAAACUUGAUCUUGUCCCUCUACUUCGUGAUCCGCGAACAUCUUUGCGCUCAUCACACGAUUGAUUGCGUAUCUAGAAUCAGCUUUGCUCAACCUGCCAUCUGGGGUCUCAACCCGCCGUCCUCGCUCUCACAAUGGCCGAUAUUCUCGAUCAAGAUGCUGGCUCGGAGCUCUUCAGCAGUUAUGAAGCCGAGCUCAAGCUUGUUCAGGCGGAUUUGACGCAAAAGCUUGAACAGAUUCCCGAUCUCACAGGAGAACCUCGCAAGGCAGCUCUCGGCGCCGCUGAGCGGUCGCUGGAUGAAGCCAAAGAGAUUUUAGAUCAGAUGCGUAUCGAGAAGCAGAAUGUACCGACGCCAUCCAGACAAAAAGUCAACACGCGCUUCCGCAACUACCAGACUGAUAUUGACACUCUCUCACGAAAAUUGACGACGUUGAAGAAUGCAGGCUUUGGAAACCGGUACACAGAUGCGCCAGAUGAUGCGCCUCUGGAUCCGCACCUAGCACAAAGACAGCAGUUAUUGAGCGGAACUGAGAGGCUCGAGAGAAGUAGCAAUCGUCUAAGAGACAGUCAGCGCAUUGCGCUGGAAACGGAGGACAUUGGACGAAGCACGCUGGCAGAUCUGAGCAGGCAGAGAGAGACGAUUCAGCAUACUAGAGAUACUCUUCUAGAAAGUGAGGGCUACACGGAUAGAAGUAUUAAGACUUUGAGGGGAAUGGCGCGUAGGAUGGCUACAAAUCGGCUUAUAACAAUCGCUAUCAUCACAGUUCUCGUUCUCCUCAUAAUAGCCGUUAUUGUUAGCAAGUUCAGGUGAAUCAAAGGCAACGCCUCCGCGCGAAUGUCAAGGUCGCGGACGCAGACCAUGACUCUUUCUACUGUACAGCAUUCCACCCUAUCUUUAGGCGAACUUCUUGAGAUGAUCAAGCAAUAUCGUUAGCUGGGCAUAUAAUUUACCGCUUCGUACUUCAUAAACCUACGAUAUUCAUAAGAUACAGAUGCUUACAUUUUCCCACGGCUUCUCUUUCUCUUAUACUGUAGCUUUAUUCUGCAAUUCUUUCACGAGGGUCAAAAAUUUACGUCAACAUGGAAUAACUGCAGAUGAGUCUUCGUUCAGAUUAGUACCUAACUCAGAUAACUGAACCAUCA